GAUGUUUAGUUUUGAUAUAAAUAAUCCGCGUUUGGUUAUUAUUUCGUAUAAUUUUCAUGCGUGGCCUUUUUCUUCUGGUUUCCACUUCACCACCUGUCUUCUUAUCAUAAACUGCCAAUCGUGGUCUGGUAAAGCACCGGAGUUCUACUACUUCCCUAAAAUUUUGGGAGGAUCAGUAGUUUGUAAUCUAGAAAAAUGGACUUUAAAGUUUUAAUGUUAGUGCUUGUCAUUAAAGUGGUGACUGGACAUAUUGCAAUCGAUAUCACUGUCGAUGAGAAUGAGAAAGUGAACAUAAAUUAUUUAGGAUCAGAACAAGAAUUAAUAUCGGAUAUUGACAUCAAGUUGUUCAAGGUGGAUAGAUUACACACGGCCGUUCAGCAGCAUUUAGGAAAGAAGCCCAAAGAUGUCUACCUUCGCAGUCCAACGCCUUGGGGAGAUCUAUACAAAACAUACGGUUGGCAGCCUGUGAAGCGAAUUUUGUCUAUCAAAUCAGCCAGAGUACUGCACCUCAAUAUGAAGCCUGUAAUAGUGUUGUCCCACGAUUUUGAAAACUUUUCGAAUCGAACGGUAAAAGUUAAUACAGGAAUUACGCAGAGUGUUGAAAAUACUCUAACAACAAGUUGGACUAAGGAGCAAGAAUUCACUGUUUCUCAAGAAUUUGAGUAUGAAUUUAAUGUUGGAUUUUCUAAAGCUAAAGGUGUGACUGGUUUUUCGUUUACUAAUACAUGGGGCGUUAGUGAGGAGAAGAGUAAAACCCAAACGAUUGGUUCAAAUAGUGGAAUGGAAACUGAAUUGCAGCCAGGACAAGCUGUUACUGCUGUAUUAUCAGCAACCGCAGGAUUUUUGGAAAUGGAGGUCAUUCAUAAAGCAUCUCUAACAGGAAAUUUGGUUGUAAACUAUCGAAAGCCUUACAGAGGUCAUCACUUUUGGAGUCCAUUAAUUCAGGAUGUUAUGAAGUCUGGAAAUAUGAACAAUGAAGUGACCAGUACAGAGAGAAUCAAGUUUGGAUUUCAUGUUCACGCGUUUUUGAAAACUUACGACAAAAAAACUGGAUUGCCUGUAUAA